AUGUCCGAGCACACUUACAAGUUCAACAUCAGCAUGAGCUGCGGCGGCUGCUCUGGUGCCGUCGACCGUGUGCUGAAGAAGCUUGAGGGCGUCAAGUCCUACGAAGUCUCCCUCGAGUCCCAGACCGCCACCGUCGUCGCCGAGGAGAGCCUGCCGUACGAGAAGGUCCUCCAGACCAUCGCCAAGACGGGCAAGAAGGUCAACUCUGGCAGCGCCGACGGCGUCGAACAGAGCGUCGAGGUCGUUGCCGCAUAA